GAGGUGGGCAUUGGUAGUAACUGUUGUUUGUGUUGCAUAGAGGGGCGGUGGCAGAAGGAGGAGUCGAAGUGGAGGUCGACGACAUUGUGGCUUUUAAGGAUUGGGGUUGAGAAAAUCCAAAAGUGAGAGUUGUUGCGAAAAACAGAAAAUACGGUUAUCAUUUGUAAGAAUGGGAAACUGUAACACCGUUGGACCUAACGAAGCCCUCGUUGUCUCAGGUGGCUGUUGUGGCUCAGAUCAGAAGGUAUAUGUAGUAGGGGGAUGGGCCUGGUCGUGGUGGUUCAUUUCCGAUGCACAGAGAGUCUCUCUGGAGGUUAUGACCGUCCUCUGUCGCUGUGAGAAUAUCGAAACUUUGGAGGGUGUCCCCUUGGGUGUGACGGGGGUCGCUCAGGUUAAAGUAAUGACUGAAAAAGAGCUCCUUGCAGUUGCUUGUGAGCAGUUUUUAGGGAAAAGUGUUCAAGAAAUCAAAAAUGUUGUGCUGCAAACUCUGGAAGGUCAUCUUCGCUCGAUUCUAGGCACUCUGACUGUUGAGCAGAUUUACCAAGACAGAGAUCAGUUUGCAAAGCUAGUGCGGGAAGUGGCAGCCCCGGAUGUUGGACGUAUGGGCAUUGAGAUUCUUAGCUUUACCAUAAAGGAUGUCUAUGAUAAAGUGGAAUACCUGAGUUCUUUGGGGAAGACACAGACUGCUGCAGUUCAGAAAGAUGCUGACAUUGGUGUUGCAGAAGCAGACAGGGAUGCUGGAAUUAAGGAAGCAGAAUGUAAAAAGGAGAUGAUGGACAUCAAAUUUCUGGCCGACACUAAAAUGGCAGAUUCCAAACGAGAACUGGAAAUGCAAAAAGCUUCUUUUAACCAAGAAGUGAACACAAAGAAAGCGGAGGCACAGCUAGCUUAUGAACUGCAAGCUGCCAAAGAGCAACAGAAAAUUCGGCUAGAAGAAAUUGAAAUUGAGGUGGUACAGAGAAAAAAGCAAAUUACUAUUGAGGAGAAGGAAAUUCUCAGAACAGAGAAGGAGUUGAUAUCUAUAGUGAAGAGGCCUGCAGAAGCUGAAGCCUACAAAAUGCAGCAGCUGGCUGAAGGAGAUAAAAUUAAAAAGGUGCUAACAGCACAGGCAGAAGCAGAGAAGAUUAAGCUAAUUGGAGAAGCAGAAGCCAUCUCCAUUGAGUCUGUUGGAUUAGCAGAAGCUGAGAAGAUGAAACUGAAGGCUGCGGCUUAUCAACAAUAUGGAGAUGCAGCCAAGACUGCCUUAGUUUUAGAAGCGCUGCCCAAGAUUGCCAGUGAAGUUUCAGCACCGCUUUCCAAAAUUAAUGAAAUUGUGAUCCUGAGUGGCGACAGCAGUCGUGUCACUGGUGAAGUGAACCGUUUACUGGCAGAGCUGCCUGUUUCAGUCCAUGCGCUGACAGGGGUUGACUUAUCAAAGAUUCCUUUGCUCCAGAAAGUGACCAAUCCACAGGCAUGAAAUGAAAACGUCCGAGUCUCCUGAAGUACCACUUUUAUUAUGCACUGUAACAUCGACUGCCUUCAAAAACUUGAAAAGGACUUUUGUUUUAUUUUGUUUUGUUUUUUAUUCUACAGACAAGUGGAUAUUUACUUUGUUAAAACCUCUGGUGCCUUAACUUCUAGGACCAGAACAUAUGCAUGCAGCACCUCUGUCUCAGAAUUUUUUUUAAAAUAAUUAAUUUUAGUCUUGGUUUAAAUGUGUAGGGUGCAUCUUGUGACUGACAUCCAGAAGGGCAAUAUGUCCUGAUGUACACCUUAGAGAUUGUGCUUAUUCGUGUUUUCUCGUCUUGUCAGUCUGCCAACAGAAGACCUGUUACCAAGUGGGAGACUGGCGGCGGGCUUAUGCUCUGUGGAUUGUUGUAAAGUGGUUUAAUUCAGGAAGUGGACAGCCUGAUAUGAGCUGAGAAUCUAGGCUUUGAUCGUCUUGAAAACGUCUUGGAGGAGACCGGUCCAUAUGGCAGUUUGACUUUCACUGCACGUGGUUUAUACAGAAAUGUUAGGAUGGAAUAGCUUUACAUAUCUUCAAUGAAAACAGAGUAAGGGGAACAAAAUCUCAGCUGCUGAAAUAAACAGAAAUACUUACUUAUCUUUCUGCUGAGUGAUUAUAAAAAAUAUAGCCAUAGCCACAAUGUUUGCAAUGGCUGUAUAGUGACCUAAAUAAAUGUAGGUAAGCACUAUCCCGGACACAGUGAUGUUUAUUAUGAAAUUACCUAGUUAUGGAAGAGUUCAGCUGUAUACUAAGAUCCUUGGUGUGUUUUCUUCCUUUUUAAUCCAAUACUUGCGUCAUUUGGGCAUUAUAAGUUCAAUAGGAACUUUUUUGGGGGUUUGUUUGUCCAGACAGAAGUAAAGCAGUGCCUUCUGCGCCAUGUGCCACCUGGUGGAGUGUAAAGGCAUCACAGCCUGCUUUCACUUGCCGCUUCACACUCACUGCAGGGUUAGAAGAAAACCUGCAUUUAUGCUCUGUUUCAUCCGUCAUUCUUUUGUGUAUUUCGAAAUGAGUACAAUCGUAAAACAACACUAUAAAGACUUUAAAAUGUGGGCCCCAAGGGCAUGCUGACUUUUAACCUGCCAGGAACUUUGAAUCAGGUAUACAGUAGCGGACUUUUAGAAAAAGAAAAUGUAAGGAUCUCGUUACAGGCCUUUGUUUAGAUGCGCUGUUAAAGGCCACGAUUGUAUUUGUGUGUGCGCGCUUUAUUUUUUUUGGUUAAAAUGUUACUUUAGUUUGUUCUUUGGUGAAAUUAGUUUCUUUUAACUUGUGACAAGGCCAAAGGAAAUCACUUUUCAUGUGUGGAUGUUUCUGUAUCAUUAGACAUCCAGUCGGUGCUGCAAAGCUACCAAAAUGAGGCCUGGCGCUACUCGGGUUUGUGUUUUGAGAGGCGGGGCUGCAGUGCGCCUGUAAAUCCAAACUCCUCCCACAGCCCGCCCUGCUGUGGAGCAGCUCCCUCCAUUCAUGUCAGCUGUGCUUGAGCGACACGCCAUGUACAAUUCCUCUUGAUUCAGAACUGAGUUGUAGUUUGAUUUAUUUUUUUUCUGCUCACAGCAUACUAUUAAUCAAAUGCAUUACAGAUCUGAAAAUUGUUUUUGUAUUAUUACUGAUAUGGGGAGCUGCUGCCUACACAUUUUCAAAGUGUGGUUGUAUGUGGAAUUAUAUCUGGGGAGAAUCGAUGGCCUUUAAUGUGAACUGAUUUAUUGUUGAAGCUCUAAUAUAGCUAACGUUUUUUUUAUUUUGCAUAUACUGUAGAAGUAAGCUUUAACCCUCUGGAAAUUAACUUUUUACUCAUCCUUUUAAAAUUUUAAAUAGGAGGCAUUUAUACUUGUAGAGCGUGUAUCGUCAGCAAUCCGUGUAGUGUCACUAUAGAAAUAUAUAUUGAGCUGUGAAACAAUUAGCUUUGAAUUGAUUUUUCUUGUCACUCUUCAAUCUUUUUACACUUGUAUGCUGGAUUUGUUCAAAGGCUGUGAAUAGUUUGACGUAUAGCAUGAAUGAUUUCUGUAGGAUUACGGCUUUUGCUUUAGCCCAGAACAAUUUCAUGAAGCAUUUGAAGGGCAACACAAACGCGGAUCAGCGAGCGGUCCACGGUGAGUUUGUCGCAGGCUGGACCACCAUUUACCCCUGUGAGACCCCAAUCUUAGUCUGACAGGACUUAGAAUUUACUGAAGGGUGGGGGUCAGCGAGCUGCACAGACACACCUCUGAUCGCUUUUACUGGAAGCUGAUCCCUAGCAGUCGUGUUUUGUUUUUUUUUUUAUCUAUCAGAUUUCUCUUUUGUCCUUUUAUAAUAACUGUAUUUUUUUUAACAAUGUAAAAUGGAACUAUCAUUCAUAUUGUUGAAGUCCACAUAUGUAUUAUUAUAGACCUGCAUGUCUCUUAUUUUAUUUUUUUAUUGCUGUGAUUGUUUCGAUGCUGUGAGGCAGCCUGUUCUAUACUGCAUUUGUAAUUUUUUUUUUUUUUGGAUAAUUCAUAUCAAUUCUCCUUUAUCUACUGUUGUUGCUGGCACAUCCUGAAACAGAAACACGCAGUGACAAAAUCUGAAACCUGUGCCUCUAUUGCUGUGAUUUGCGGGUUAGUUCAGUUUAUGCUGUCAGCACUUUAAACUCUUCAAAUUAUUAUGCAAAGCCUGUGCAAACUCAACAGAUUUGGAAAGCAGACCGGCGAGCCGCUGUAGUGAUGUGCUGCUCCUGCUGCCCCCUGACAGUGACUGGAAAACGUCUGACCGGUAGGAGGAGUCCUGUUUACGAGAGCAGCUGCUUCUUCUUCUUCUUCUUCUUCAUUGAAGUGGUAUUUGACCAGCAGCACCUCACUCCCCAGAUUUUGUAACAUAACUAAAUGUGCUGGCAAUCCGAAAUGUUACCUUUUUUUUUUUAAACAGUUCAUAUGGGACAGUUGUAAAUCACACUUUGAUUUGUUUCAAUAUUUACCAAGUAAACUGUUCUGGACUUCCUGUUAACCAGUGUCAGGGCUGGCUCUAUCGGUGUCCUUUUUAUAAUGCAUAUUGAUCAGCCUUUGGAUCUGUUUUGAUAUCAAGCUUCUCAGGACUCAGAACUACGUCUCUGUUACAAUUCGAUGUGUACCUUUAGAUGUCUGUAGCCAUCCUCUUUGAAUUACUAGAAGACUCGACCGCGGUAGUUUCAUUUAGUAGUGCAGUGGCGUGGGUCACGGUGUAGUACCCGUCGCGCAUCAUCCACAUCGUAGCUCGCAGUGCACGAGGAGUGUGCCCCCUGAAGUGUGCCGAGCUCGGCGAAUGUAUCCUGCCGCUGGUUUUCUUGGACGAGACUUGGCAGCAGUUUGGUUUUUUUCUUUUUCUAGUCCUCUGAAUGUCCGCCCAUCUCUGAAAUUUCCUUUUGUUUAUUUUAUGUCACAUCUAGGACAGUUUGAACCCUUUCAGUGCAGUGCCACCCAACAUGGUGACAUCCACUAAGAAUCAAGAGCAUUGCAUGUGAAGGUCACAUUCAUAGACAGACAUAAGUAGUUUUACUAAUACUUGUAGUUUUUAUAAUUUUGAGGUAAAGAUCUAAAUCAGCAAAAAUGUUACCUGAUACUCCAUAUUCUAAAGCGCCUUGUACAUUAAAAAAAGAGAAUUAAAGUUAGAAAAAAAGGCCAUUGGCAGAAUCUCCUGUUCAUCCCAAUUCUGUGUAGAGGUUGUCCCUUUCAAAAGGGCUGACUGGACUGUGGAGGCCACUUUGGAAUUCUGAUCUUUCUUUCUUUCUUUCUUUCUUUCUUUCUUUCUUUCUUUCUUUCUUUCAACUGUCAUACAGUAAAUAACUGAAUCUUAUUAGGACAUAAGAUACAUACAUACUUUUUAUGUUGAUUUGAAUUAACUUUUUUAAUUGUUGAAAUGCUUUUUAAUUUUACAAAGGUUUUAAGUUAAAUGAGCUCUUUAAAUUUAGAAAAAAAUGUACUUUUGGGCUUUUGUAAUUUUGUGUAAGCUGCUAGUGCCAAAAGACGCCAAGCUGUGGUGUUGAUCCAAAACACAAGGAGAUUUCACAUCAAACUUUGCAAAAUGUCAAGAGUGCGAGCAGAGCUGGGAAUCAAGUGUUCAACGGUCAAAUGAAUCUUCUUUUCUUUCUUUGUCUUGGUUUAUUUUUCUAACUGACUUCUAAGCACUGAGCCGUUUUCUUUUUUUCUAGUGUACAUCCCGACUCCUGUGCUACUUGUUGGAUUGUUGAUCCUCAACAGCCUGCAUGUCAGUUCUGCAUGUAUCUGUUGUAAAUCAUUCAUUUCUUGUUGUAUGCAGUCAUGUUGAAGCCUCAUUCAUGUGUAUCUAAUAAAUGUUCUCUCACCAA